GUCCAAAUUUCACAGCAAGUAUGAAUGAAUAAAUAAACACAGUGCCGUUUCCGGGUGAUAUGUCGGAACUAGUGCUGUAUAACGAGUCGUAUUUAUUAGUAGACUAUUUUAUAUGCACGUUUAUUGAUCGGUUUUAUCAUAAGUGUAUCACUGUAUGUAGCUUGAAGCAGUUAAACUGAUACUAGAUACUCGUGCAUUGUUAUUCUGUUUAGUUGAGUGUGCAUGUCUCUGUUUACAGGAUUUAAUAUAGAGGGGAUGUAGUACUGUGAAACUCACCUCAUCCGUUAUCUACCCUAAUCCAGUGUAUCUACAGGAGCCUUAACUGUCUGUACGCAGUAACUUAACAUUACAGUCCAGUCAAGAGUAGCUCAGGUGUGAAAUCUGCACCAAAAUACACCAUUAUACACUAGUAACUGAUGCCAAGGAUAUCAUAAUGUCUGCAUUUUGCACAAAGCUUGUUUUCCAAAGCCUCAGGUGUACCAUUCAGAGAGUCUCAGUGUCCAUUCGAUUCAUACCAUACAGAACUUUCUUUGUCAAGAGCAGCCAUCGGAUUCUUUCUCGAACACCCAAAGUGGCGUUGUUGUGUUGGGGUGCAGGUGGAAUCACUUGCGCUUCAGCACAGGAGGCAGUGCUUCCUCGGAGAACUGCGGAGAGAAAGUCUCUUGCCAAAGUGCAGGUCCACAAACUGACAUUUGUGUUGAGGCUGGGCAUCCGUGCCUUAGUCCUCCUGCUGAAAUUCAGCCCGCUUUUGCUGCUGUACCCACUGAGUCUGCUGUCCCAGCACUGGACCACAUACUGGCUAGACGCCCUGCUCUGGGUCACGGAGACGUCUGGUCCGACGUUUAUCAAACUCGGCCAGUGGGCCAGCACGCGACGGGAUAUCUUCUCCCAGGAGUUCUGCGAUCGCUUUUCCCGUCUCCACGUCAGGGUGCAUCCUCAUUCGUGGAAUCACACUAAGCAAUGUCUGACACGGGCCUUUGGGGAAGGAUGGAGGCAGCUCUUUGUCUUUGACAGUAAGGAGCCUGUGGGUUCAGGAUGUGUGGCACAGGUGUAUCGGGCCAAGGCUCAAGUAGCAAGCGUGAAAGACCCGGCAUUCCAGCAGCUGGUGGAGGGCCUUGAACAGGAGGACCUGCUGGAAGCCUGGGAGGUUCCAGGUCUUGGAGGCACUUUGGGUUAUUUAUGGGGGUCCGAGAAAGGAGAGGAGGAGAUGUCUGAGAAUGUGGAUGGAGGUUCUGCUGAGCUUCCACACACAGAGGAUAAGGGACUAAUACCAGUGGCGAUUAAGGUGCUUCAUCCUGGUAUCAGGAGACAGGUUCAGUUAGAUUUAAUUCUGAUGAAGGCAGGCAGUGUGCUCAUCAGCUGCUUACCAGGCUUCAAGUGGCUCAGUCUACCCGAAGUGGUGGAUGAAUUUGAGAAGCUCAUGAUGAAGCAGAUAGACCUUCGUUUUGAAGCAAGGAACAUGGAGACGUUCAAGAACAACUUCAAGGACUCGGAAUAUGUCAAGUUUCCAACACCACUAAGACCGUUUGUCACAAGGACUGUCCUGGUUGAAACGUACGAGGAGAGUGAACCCAUUUCGAACUACCUUCGAUCUGAUGUUUCUGUGGCUGUGAAGCAGAGAAUUGCCCGCAUGGGGGUGGACACGCUGCUGAAAAUGGUGUUUGUGGAUAACUUUGUCCACGGAGACCUCCAUCCAGGGAAUAUCCUAGUUCAGGCAGAUCAGGGGGUCUCGCCCCAGGACAAAACCACUCUGACGGAUCUGUGGGACACGGUGGUGGUCAGCCUGAGACCUUCUCCUCCUCCGUUACAGCUGGUGCUGCUGGAUGCUGGAAUUGUUGCCCAGCUAAGCGAGGGAGAUCUGUGUAACCUGAGAGCUGUCUUCACUGCUGUUGUGCUCCAACAGGGGGAGCGUGUAGCAGAGCUGAUUCUAAAACAUGCCAGGGCGAACGAGUGCCAGGAUGUGCCACGCUUCAAAAAGGAAAUGGCUGAGCUGGUGAACCUUGCUGUCAGUGACACGCUGUCUCUGGGGAAGAUUCAGGUGGCAGAGCUGUUGUCACGAGUAUUUGGAUUGCUAAUCCACCACAAGGUGAAGCUGGAGAGCAACUUUGCCUCCGUUGUGUUUGCCAUCAUGGUCCUGGAAGGCUUGGGAAGGUCACUGGACCCAAACUUGGACCUCCUGGAGAUUGCUAAACCUCUGCUGUUAAAGAACUGCACCUCUUUUCUUUCCUGAACCCGAUAUCCACAAUUAUCCAAUUUUGGUCCAGUGUCUAAAUGUAGCUUAGACAAAUAAACAACCUGUACACAUUAACCAAAUGUAGACUCUGAACUGAAUAUUAUGGGCAGUUAUUCCUUUACCAGAAGUGAAGGAUGACAUGCACUGUGGGACAAUCAGGGCCAGUAUGUGUUUGAAGUCUCUCCGAGGAUCAUUUUGGUUUUAAUUGCUAAUCCUUAGAAAUCAGGAUGUUACUCCUAUACUCUGAUAGUUAAGCCUUAAUUUUAAGAGUGAUUCUCAGAAGCUUCAGUCGUACCCAGAUCCACAACGGAUCCCUCAUUACAUUAUAAACAGAAAACCCUGUCGUCCUGCCUGCCAGCAAACACUGCUAACACAAAUGUGAGAUCUUUGGAAAUUCUGUAUUACAUCAAAUGUUAAGAUCGAUAUGAAUUGAAAGGCUGAGCCAGAACAGUGAUGGCUGUCUGACAAAUGAUCAGCUGUAUGGAAUUAAAAAGAUUGUUCAUCUAUAAUUUCUGUUUCACCUUAAAUCAAAAUAAA